ACAAGCCAGCUUAGCUAUUAAUUCGUAUCAUACCAUGCCACCUCCCUUUGCUUCUUCUUCUCCCUAGCUAACAGCACCAACUAAAGCCAUCAUCAUCACCAUCCAUGACGGCCAGAUCGCUGCCGUCCUUCUGCCUCCACCGGAUCAGGUCCGGCAGGACUGCCGCCGCACCGCCACCGAUAUGCUCCAAGGACGAAAAUGGCGACGAUGCCAAGGCGGAGGAGAAGGAGAAAGGCUGUGGUGCUGUUGCCAUAGGGAGGAAGGUGAUGGUGGUGGCUGAUGGCGGUGGCGACGAGGCCCGGACGGCGCUGCAAUGGGCGCUCUCUCACUCAGUGCGGCCCUCCGACACAGUGGUCCUCCUCGACGUCGUCCGGAGCACUGGCAAGAACCGAGAUGAUCUAAGAGGGUAUCAGCCAUUGGAGGCCAUGAGGAGCAUUUGUCAGGCUAAGAGACCAGAGGUACGCAUCGAGCUUUCCCUCGUGGAAGGGAAGGAGCGAGGGCCGACGAUAGUAGAGGCAGCAAGGAAGCAGGGUGUGUCGCUCCUCGUCAUGGGGCAGAAGAAGCGUUCGAUGACAUGGAGGCUACUGUCGAUGUGGAUGGCCGGAGGAAAAGGAACAGGGGGCAACACCGUCGAGUACUGCGUGCAGCACGCGACGUGCAUGGCGCUGGGCAUACGGCGGAAGAGUCGCAGAGGGGGAGGGUACCUCAUCACCACCAGGCGGCAGAGAGAUUUCUGGCUCCUAGCUUGAGGCUUCCUUCCUCAAGACCUUGUGAUGUGCGACCCAUAGGUGUUUACAUAGUGGGAUAGGGAGAAGAAACAGAGUGAAGCAGCUUAUAGGUAGGGAGAGAAUAAUGCAACAGCUUCGUGCUGCUGCUUGUUUAGUGUAUGUUUGCUUGGUUUGUGCUGGUUUAGUUACAGUUUUUUUUACAUGGGUUUAGUUACAGUUGAUAUGGAAGGAAAUCUGUGAUGGCUUUGCGUUCUGCAAUGACAACGAGCAGCUUUUGUGCUUA